AUGGAACCUGAAUUCUCUCUUAACAGGUCUGAUGAUCUCUGUAAUGAUUCAGCAAAUGUGUCUGGUAUAAUAACAGUCACCAGUUCAUAUUUAAUAUGUAUUGUGGUUGGCUCUCUAUCAGUUCUGAUAAUGUGUGGAAAUCUUCUUGUAAUAGUCUCCAUCAUUUACUUCAAACAGCUCCACACUCCUACAAACUACCUCAUCCUCUCUCUGGCUGUGGCUGACCUGCUUGUUGGGGUUGUAGUUUUGCCUUUCAGCAUAAUACUGACUGUAACUUCAUGUUGGUAUCUUGAAGAUUUACUCUACAGAUAUUACGCAGUGUGUCAGCCUCUGAGCUACAGAACUAAAAUGAAUGUUCAUGUUAUUGUUGUCAUGAUCCUGUUGAGCUGGACUGUUUCUGCACUUCUUGGAAUUGGCAUCACAAUACGUGGAUUGAAUGAAGGGCAAUCAAAUAGGUGUGUUAUAUUUCAACAUACAAGUUCAGCAAUUAUGGGAAUUGUUUUUGCUUUUUAUAUCCCAGCUAUCAUAAUGUUCUCCAUCUAUCUAAAGAUUUUCAUUGUGGCACGGAGACAGGCACGCAGCAUCCAGAACACAACCUGUCAGAGCAGGUCUGGAGCAGCUGUCAGUAAGAGUGAGAGAAAGGCCACCAAAACUCUGGCUGUUGUUAUGGGAGUAUUCCUCAUCUGUUGUACUCCUUUCGUCCUUUGUAUCACUUUUUACUCUUUGAGUAAUUACACAAUACCAGUUCCUUUGAUUGAAACAUUUAAAUGGCUUGGAUGGCCGAACUCAAUGCUAAAUCCAUUGGUCUAUGGUUUCUUUUACCGCUGGUUUCGAUUAUCUUUCAGAAUGAUAAUUUCUGGGAAAAUAUUUCAAGGCCUAUCGUCUUGGUCUCUGAACACCUCCAUCCUGAUAAAGAAGGCUCACCAGCGGCUCUUCUUGAGGAAAAUUAAGAAAGCCCACCUGUCUCCUCAAAUCCUGGUGAACUUUUACCGCUGCACCAUCGAGAGCAUCCUUACCAGCUGCAUCACAGUCUGGUACGGUAACUGUUCCGUCGCAGACCGAAAGGCGCUGCAGAGGGUGGUGAAAACUGCCCAGCCCAUCUCUGGCUUACCACUCCCCACCAUCAAAGCUGUCCACAUCAAGCGGUGUCUGCGGAGGGCACGCAGCAUUGCCACAGCUGGGACAGAGGGACAGCUCCCACCCAGGCCACAAACUGUUUACCCUCCUCCCCUCCAGGAGGCGCUACAGGUCCCUGCGCUCCAGAACCAGCAGGUUCAGGAACAGCUUUUUCCCCUCAGCCAUCACCCUCUUGAACUCUACACAGAGGUGACCCACCUACUGUUCUGUAAUCUGCCCACAUUAAUGACUAUUUUUGACUAUUUAUGA